AUUUGGUCCGUUUUACAAGGUGGGGCGCGGGGGAAGGGUAGGGGGGCAAGGCCACUUUUCCAUGCUUUGACCCAAUAAUUCCAAGCUGCUCUGGUCAAUGAAGAUUACAGAGGAAGCAGGAGAUAAAUGUUGCAAAGACAAAGCAAUUCCCUUUCCUCCCAUUGACGUUAUAUAUUGUCUUCUUUCCUCAGUUGCAUGAUAUGGAAAGUGGGGCGAUGGGUGCUCUUUGCCCUGCUGGUGGUGUGGACUAUUUCAGUUACAUGGUACACAAGAAAACCCCAGGUAGGUUUUAAUGGGCAUCGGUGGAAUCGCUGAAUGCUCCAAAAUGCUUUCAAAUAUACAGGCCAGUCACGAAUCACCCACGAAUCCUAUUGAAACCAAAACUCAUUUUCAAAAUUUUCAGUUCCGUGAGUAAUAUUAUAGAACCUUUGUUGGCAAAAUGAAUUGCAGAGCGCAAUGCGGUUAAUGUCAGAGUCCUUGAGCCAGUUUCAUAAUUCAUUUACGUCCAACUCCCUCUUAAAUAUAGCCAAUGAACUUGCCUCAACUACCUUCUGUGGCAGAGAAUUCCAUAGAUUCACCACUCUCUGUGUGAAGAACAACAUUCUCAUCUCGAUCCUAAAAACUUCCCCCUUAUCCUCAAACUGUGACCCCUUGCUCUGGACUUCCCCAACAUCGGGAACAAUCUUCCUGCAUUUAGCCUGUCCAACCUCUUAAGAAUUUUGCAAGUUUCCAUAAGAUCCCUCCUCAAUCUUCUAAAUUCUAGCGAGUACAAGCCGAGUCUAUCCAAUCUUUCUUCAUAUGAAAGUCCUGACAUCCCAGUAAUCAGUCUGGUGAACCUUCUCUGUACUCCCGCUAUGGCAAGAAUGUCUUUCCUCAGAUUAGGAGACCAAAACAGUACGCAAUACUCCAGGUGUGGUCUCACCAAGGCCCUGUACAACUCGUCCUUGAUUAUGCUGCUGGCCUUGCCAAAGCAACGUGAGGUACGAAUGGAGUGAAGGAAAGAAGGUUGGUUUGUGUGAUUACCAUCAAUCAGCAAAAUUAGUUUCAGUCUUAUUUGUUAGAAAUAAUCAAGGGCAUGUUGUGAUGUAAGGUCUCAGACAUCAGCUGGUCCUUUGUGCGUUUUUGACUAGACUGCCUGCUGCCUACUUCCUCAUUUCUAUUCCAUUUAUAAUGUAAGUGUUUUUGUUAACUUUGAGGACAAAGAGCUGAGGGACAAACAGGUGUUGCCCUGGUCUCUACGAAUCAAGCAAUGUGGGUUCCGAUUCUUCUAAUUUGUUCCUUGCCGGUUUCAGGCGUGUUGUGGGGAGACGGGUUGUUGUCGGCAGCUGUGGGAAAAGCGAUCACAACCGACUGCCAUUAUGAUGAAAAAUAUGGAUCAAACACGAAGUACUGGUGCCGAGGGAAGAGGCGCCAGUGUUCCCUUUUAGUGGAAACAGACGGGAAACACGGACGGAGUGGAAGAAUGUCAAUCACAGAUAACCCAGCACGAGGAAUAUUUACUGUGACUGUGGAGGAUCUUAUCUUUGAAGAUAAUGGUUGGUACAGCUGUGGAAUUACAACACCUGGCGAGGAUCAGAUAUUCAGCACAGAGCUACGUGUGUAUCGCGAAUUCGUGUCUGCUCCAGUGCUUAGGUUUGCAUCGCCAGCAAAUGUCUCCUGUGUCGGAGGCUCGGUGUCAGUGUCCUGCGAGUCUUACUCGGGAACCCGUCCCAUAAACUACACCUGGUUUGAGAAGGCCCCGUCCACGGAUUUAAUGACCUCCAACACCAGUGUACUGGACAUCCAUUGCCAGUCCUUGCAAUACGACCACCAUCAAUAUUACUGCACAGCCGCAAAUAUUCAAGGGGAAACAACCGGUGAAGUGUUGGACGUGGAGACCAUCUCCAUGGGAGAAGAUAACUGCAGUUAUGUGAUGCGACUCAGUAACUCUGAGUAUAAAUAUCAUUGUGGGCGCCCGACCACGGAAUCAGCAUCGACACAAUCUGUCAACACAGAAACAACAUCGGACAUUCCCCCAGAGGAAACGUUUCAACCCCGUACUACUGAAAGCGAUGAACCAGGGCUGACUUCCUAUUCUCGGUACCACAUACCCACCUACAUCAGUGUGAUGGCUGUCCUUCUUCCGUUGGCGUUUGUUGCUGGUCUGUUUUGGUACCUGAAACGUAAAAACAGGGAAUUCAAGUGGAUCACAUAUUACAGAGAUGGCAGUGGAGACAACCAGGUAAAGGUUUCUACAUCUUUGCUGAUGGCGAAAAUCGUCAAGUUUCUCAUUCUAAACGUUGCAUUUGGAAUCUUGGUGGGAUUGGGCAAGAACAGCCCAAGUGAGAGGUGUUUGGGGAAAGGACCCAACCAUUUGCUAAAGAUAUCCCUGAGCCUUUCACACUGCAUCGUGUCGAGCUGCUACUGGCUCGCUGUGGUUCACGAUGUGACUUCCUGUUCCCUUCUUCCUCAUUGCUAUUUGAGAGAUGCGGAUGUAUCUGAGAGCUCAGAGCUGAGCGACAGACAGACAAGUGCUGGCCUUGUCACUAUGGAUAAAACAAUGUGGAUUCCCAUUCUUCUCAUCUCCUCGCUGCCGGUUUCAGGUGCAGUGCGGGGAAAGAGGGAGGUAAGAGGAGUUGUGGGAAGAGCGAUCACAAUCGAUUGUCACUAUGCAGCAGAGUACCGCUCAUACACAAAAUACUGGUGCCGUUGGUGGACUAUCCAAUGUACAGUUUUACUGGAUACAAAUGGACAACACGGACGGAGUGGAAGAGUGUCAAUCACAGAUAACCCGACACGAGAAAUAUUUACUGUGACUGUGGAGGAUCUUCAGUCUGGGGAUACAGGAUGGUACAGCUGUGGAGUUUAUAAAUUUGGCUGGGAUCCAAUGUUUGACGUUCAUCUGCAAGUAUAUGAUGAACCCGUGUCUGCUCCUGUGCUCAGAUAUCUGUCACCAGCAAAUGCCUCACGUCUCGGAGGCUCAGUGUCAGUGUCCUGUGCGUCUGCCAGUGGAUCCCUUCCCAUCCAUUACACAUGGUGUGAGAAGAACGAGCAUCGGUGGUCAACGAUCUUGUCUGGCAAUCAACUGGAUCUGAGUUGUGAAAUCCUCGCCGGCCAACAUCGUCAAUAUUACUGCACAGCCUCAAAUAAUCUUGGGACAAAACCGAGUGAAAUACUCAACGUGAAAGUCUUCAAAGGAGAAGGAAUGUGCAGUUAUGUGACAGAAAUGAACAAUGCAGUUUCAGGUGCACUAUGGGCUGAGAGCGAAGUAAGAGGGGUUCUGGGAAGAGCGAUCACAAUCGAUUGUCACUAUGCAGCAGUGUACCGCUCACACACAAAAUACUGGUGCCGUGGGACAAGUCGCCAGUGUACACAUGUGGGUGAAACAAAUGGGAAGAGCGGAAGAGCGUCAUUCACAGAUAACCCGGCACGAGGAAUAUUUACUGUGACUGUGGAGGAUCUUCACUCUGCUGAUACAGGAUGGUACAGUUGUGGAAUUACUGCACCUGGCGAACCAACAUUUAAAGUAUAUCUCCAAAUAUCUGAAGAACCCGUGUCUGUUCCUGUGCUUGGAUUUCUGUCACCAGCCAAUGUUUCCUGUCUCGGGGGCUCAUUGACAGUGACAGUGUCCUGUGAGUCGCUCCGGGGAUCGCUUCCCAUUAGCUACAUCUGGUAUGAAAAGGCCCCAUCUGGGGAUUCAAAGAUCUCAGACAACAAUGCCCUGGAUCUACAUUGUCAAUCCUUCAAACACCAGCACCAUCAAUAUUUCUGCACAGCCUCAAAUCAACAUGGAUCAAAAUCCAGUGAAAUGGUCAACGUGUCCAUCUCCAGCAGUGACGUGCCCUGCAGUUUCCUAAUAAAAAUCAACAGCACUGUUACAUCUCAUGGGAAGUGGGGCGCUGGAUGUUUUUUCUCCUGCUUGUGAUCUGGAGUAUCUCAACCGCGGUGUUCACAAGAGACUCUAAGAGACGCGAUGAGCCAGAAUCUCGCCAUUCGACCCACGAAUUACAAUGAAGACACCUAGCUUGCACCAUCUUAAUUUUUGUCACCUGCUACAAGGUUUCUUUCGUCAGCUUCGAACUAUUCUUUUAACAUUUGCGUGGUUUCUGUUGUUCCUGUCUUAUACUAUAUUAAACGCAUACAGCUUGGUGGGGAAUAAAACGUUUUUCACUGGUCAAUGAAUAAUAAUGCACCAGAGUGCAUUAUUAAUAAAUGGUUGUGGCAAAAAAUGGUUUGUCUAAUUUGUUUUGUUUAGACCGCAACUUUAGUGAUGAAGAACAGACUGCAAUCUGACAGCUGGAUAAUCCUCCUGUUGCCAAACGUUAAAGGCGUUUCGGAAAUACAAUCAAUUAAUAUUUCACACCAUGUUAUCCCAUAAGGACAAAAUUAUGCAACGAGUUUGUUCAGACCUUAAGCCUUAUUUGUCUCUCCACCGAUGCUGACUGAGGUGCUAAGCACACCCAUCAUCUGCAAAUUUAAUUUCCGAUGUGCAACUAAUGUUCAGAUAGGAAGGAACUGAUGAUGCUGGUUUAAACUGAAGAUGGACAUACAUUUGCAUAGAAACAUAAAAACGUAGAAAAUGGGUGCAGGAGGAGGCCAUUCAGCCCUUCGAGCCAGCACCACCAUUCAUUGUGAUCAUGGCGGAUCGUCCCCUAUCAAUAACCCGCGCCUGCCUUCUCCCUAUAUCCAUUGCCUCCACCAGCCCCUAGAGCUCUAUCUAAAUCUCUCUUAAAUCCAUCCAGUGACAUGGCCUCCACUGCCCUAUAUGGCAGGGAAUUCCACACAUUCACAACUCUCUGGGUGAAAACGUUUUUCUCACCUCAGUCUUAAAUGACCUCCCCUUUAUUCUACGACUGUUGCCCCUGGUUCUGGACUCGCCCAACAUUGGGAACAUUUUUCAUGCAUCUAGCUUGUCCAGUCCUUUUAUAUUUUUAUAUGUUUCUAUAAGAUAUCCCCUCAUCCUUCUAAACUCCAGUGAAUACAAGCCUAGUCUAUUCAAUCUUUCCUCAUAUGACAGUCCCGCCAUCCCAGGGAUCAAUCUCCCGAAUCCACGCUGCACUGCUUCAAUCACAAGGAUGUCCUUCCUCAAAUUAGGAGACCAAAAAUGUACACAAUACUCCAGAUGUGGUCUCACCGGAGCCCUAUACAACUGCAGAAGAACCUCUUUACUCCUAUACUGAAAUCGUCUUGU